AUGGACCAUCCAAAGGAGGAGAUACUCCCACAGAGUCAGACAGAAAAGUUGCUGGAGCAGAGGAGCAACGCAGUGAAGCAGCUGACGGUCAAUGAAGGCUGGAAAUUUAUUUUGUGUCACACUCAAGCCGAUGAGCUUUGCGAAGACAUUGAGAUCUUCAAACAGAUGUUUGAGAGGCAGAUAGACAGCCUGGACGAUGUCAUCAGGAGUUUAGAGCAUGAUCUAGAGGAGGCAGAGCGUCAGUCUUCCCAUGUGCAGCGGGUCCAUUUGCAUCUUCUGGAGCGGCUGAGGGCUUUGCAGAACAAACAUGUCAUGGUUCUGCAGCUGCAGUGGGAGAGCAACUUGCAGCAUGUGUGCUCUACGUUCAACUGCGAAAGGAAGCAGAUGAUGGCACAUUCUGAGCAGCGGAAAGCACAGCUAGAGGAAGCGAAGGUCAAUAUGGAGGAGGAACACAAUAAAAUCAUGAAAGAAAUCGACAAACUGUACAGUGACAGCAUCAAUUCAUACAGGAACGCUCAUGAGAGCUGGGAGGAUGCUCUGGUCAAGGACGGACAGGUAAUGCUAACGGAGCUGUCUCAUCAAAACUAUAAGCUGCUGAGAAACCUACGCAAAGAACAAAAAGAGGUCAAUGACCUAAUCUUUAAAAAACAGCAACACAUUCAAAUAACCAAGAAAAAGAUGGCAAUGAUAAAAAAUGUAGAGAAACAUAGAGAAAAAUUGAGAACCAUCCAGAGAGAAAAUGAGCUAAUGGAACAAGAGCUGAAAAACUCCAUAAAUGAAGUGAGGCAGAAGACGUUCAUACUCCGCGAUAGGCUGACCCUGGGUCACUCAGCAGCAAAGAGACAGCUCAUUGACCUCAUUAUGCAGAGUGAUGCCGCCAUCAGAAAACUUCAGACAGUGAUCAUCAAGGGUGAAAGAGUUUUACGUGUCGGUAAAAUGUGCUGGAAGCUGGAGAGGAAGCUGAGGCACAAGCCAAUACCAUCAGGUGGAGAUUAUCAGAUAUCAGACACGGAGGAGAAAGAAGAAAUAACCACCUCUGAUGUUCAAGAGUUGCCAAGAGUGACGCUUUGCUUAAACACUGCUCUGAUGCAUCGAGAAGCUCUGAAGAAACAAAUAAAAGACCUGGGGAAAGAGAACAUUCAGCUGAGGUUCGUUCUGGCUCACAGUUAG